AUGACGACUGGGAACGAGAAAUCACCGGAUUACACGGUUUCAUCCCCUUCGUCGGAUACUAACGAGAUACAUAACCGUCUCGGGGCAAGCAGCACCACAGACAAGGCUAAACUGCAAAAUGGGAUGGAACAUAGCGAGAAACUGGAGAAUUUAGCGAGUAGCACCGCGCUAGAUGAGGCACCGCGCACAGGGCUCGUACACAGGUUUAUGGACUCCUUCAAGAGGGCCGAUGGCCAGCGUGCAGGGUUCGAUGACAACGACUUGGAGAGUGGGACUAGGUCGUUCAUCUCUGAGUCGCAUUUGAAAAAAUCCAUGAAGUCUCGGCACGUCGUGAUGAUGACCCUGGGGACAGGUAUAGGUACAGGUCUGCUGGUCGCCAACGCUAGUGGGCUGCACGCAUCCGGGCCAGCACCCUUGGUGCUCGCAUACGGACUGGUGUCCUUUGUCACUUAUUUCAUGAUCCAAGCUGCAGGUGAAAUGGCAGUCACAUACCCGACUCUGCCAGGUAAUUUCAACUCAUACAUGUCGCUGUUUGUUUCCAAACCGUUCGGGUUUGCGACCGUAUGGCUGUUCCUCUUGCAAUGGCUGACAGUGCUUCCCCUGGAGCUGAUCACAUCGAGUCUGACGAUCAAAUACUGGAACGAUAAGAUCAACUCGGACGUCUUCGUCGUCAUCUUCUACGUGUUCCUGUUGUUCAUCCAUUUUUUUGGCGUCCAAGCAUACGGGGAAACCGAGUUCAUAUUCAACUCUUGCAAGAUCCUCAUGAUCGCAGGGUUCAUCAUCUUCUCCAUCGUGGUCAACUGCGGUGGGGCAGGUCACGACGGAUACAUUGGUGGGAAGUACUGGCAUGACCCAGGUGCAUUCACCUCACAUACAAACAUCGGCAGAUUCAAAGGUAUUUGCUUCAUCCUCGUCACAGCCUAUUUCUCCUACGGUGGUACGGAACUGUACGUUCUGUCCGUCAACGAACAAGAAAACCCAAGAAAGUCUACCCCACAAGCGGCCAAACAGUCCAUAUACCGUAUUGUGGUCAUCUACCUAUUGACCAUGAUCCUGAUCGGGUUCAACGUCCCACACGACAACGACCAACUGAUGGGUUCCCACGGCUCAGCAACACAUGCCUCCCCCUACGUCUUGGCCGCGUCCAUCCACGGUGUCCGGAUCGUGCCACACUUCAUCAACGCUGUCAUUUUGAUCUCCGUCAUCUCAGUCGCUAACUCGUCACUGUACGCAUCGCCAAGACUACUGUGCUCUCUAGCACAACAAGGAUACGCGCCAAAAUUCCUGACCUACAUCGACAGACAGGGGAGACCCCUGACCGCUUUGGCCACUUGCUCAUUGUUCGGUGUCAUUGGGUUCGCUGCCGCGUCAAAUCAGGAGGAGCAAGUCUUUACGUGGUUGGCUGCUAUUGCCGGGUUAAGUGAGCUGUUCACUUGGUCAGGGAUCAUGUUGUCCCACGUGAGAUUCAGACAGGCAAUGAAAGUACAGGGAAGAGACCUCAACGAGCUCGGAUACAAAGCUGUUUCCGGGGUCUGGGGGUCCGUUUACGGUGUCUUUUUCAAUAUCCUCGUCUUCUUUGCCCAGUUCUGGGUAGCGUUGGCCCCACCGGGCAGUAAACCAACCGCAUUGAGCUUUUUUGAAAGUUACCUCGCAUUCCCCAUCUUUUUCACUUUCUACUUUGGCUACAUGCUAUGGAACAAAGAUUUUACUUUCUUGAUCCCAUUGGAGAGCAUUGACUUGGACUUCCAUAGAAGAGUCUACGACCCUGAGUUUAUAAGGCAAGAGAGGGAAGAGAAAAAGAUAAAACUGAAGAACUCCUCCAUAUGGACCAGAAUGUACUAUUUCUGGUGCUGA